AAGAGGCUACCGCUACGCCGGCGUGAACGGAGAGCGACGCGUAAAUAGGAUCACCGCAAUGUGAGAUGCACUCGAGCGAGAUACAUAUGUUUGUUGUAAAUUACAAACGGACAGCACUCGUUUAUUCGGCGUGCUACGAUAAAUACAUAGGGAAAAGGACUGUGUACACUUUUUACCGCGUUACGUGCUUUUUCUCUUCCAAAUUCAAUGCUGAGUGGAUGCGCGUGUGUGGAUAUAGUUUCAGUUUGUUUUAACGCGUCAAAAACAUUGUACGAUGCCCACGCUCACACUUUGACCAAUAAGGAGUGGAAAGCUGAAAGAAAAAGUUAGGUUUCCAAACUGGAUAGGCUUGCUCAAUGUAUCAAUAUUUACAUCGAAGACUACACGUCUUUCUUCGUUCUCUUACUAAACACUGCUCGACAUAAAGAUUCUUACAUUUCAUUCAGUUACACGCGGUCUGUUACUUGAAAUGGACGCAAUGUCUGCAUCGUCUGACAUCGUAAUAACUAAAGAGAAAAUAUGGCAGUAUUAUGAAAAAUUGUCGGAUUUCCUAGUAAAAUGCAGAUUUUGCAGAAAGGAAUAUUGUUACAUUACGAUUGAGUACUUUAAAAGCCAUGUUAAAAAAGUGCAUAAAGAAAUUUUUGAAUACGAAGAGGAAUAUUUGGAAAAAUUGCCGUGGAGAUUUUUCAAGUGCGUCGACAAAGGAUCGUCCUUACAAUGCGUUAUAUGUAGUCUAACUUUUGAGUUUAAUUAUGAACUGUUAUCAAAUCACUUGCGCCAACAUUCUAUGAAACAACUGGAGGAUCAUACAUUUCGCAGUUGGGCAUACAAAUAUUGUACAAGAACGGAAGAUUUUAAAGUGAAGUGUAAGUCUUGCAACAGGAAUGUAGAUCUUUAUAUUAAAAAUACUUUGAAUUGUCACGUAAAAAGAGAACAUUCGGAAAUUAUUUUGAGAAAUGAGCAAAAAGCACACGAGACACCUCGGUCGUCAGACGGCGUUUUUUCAUUUAAAUCGGACACAAUGUGUAUACCAUUUAAUAAUCGAAUCGUAACUAAAGAGAAGGUGUGGCAAUAUUACGAAAAGUUGUCGGAUUUUCUAGUAAAAUGUAAGUUUUGCGAAAAAGAAUACAGUUACAUCUGCGUUGCACACUUCAAGAUGCACGUUAAAAAUUUGCAUAAGGAAAUUUUCGAAUACGAAGAAAGACAACUGGAACAAUUGCCGUGGAGAUUUUUCAAGUAUUUCAACGAAGGAUCUUUGCAAUGUAUUAUAUGUAGUCUAUCUUUUGAGUCUGAUUAUGAACUGUUAUCAAAUCACUUGUGCCAACACUCUAUGAAACAACUGGAGGAUCAUACAUUUCGCAGUUGGGCGUGGAAAUAUUGUACAAGAACGGGAAAUUUUGAAGUAGAGUGCAACUCUUGUAACAAGAAUUCAAUUAUUAGUAUUAAAGGGACUUUGGAUUAUCACAUAAGAAGAGAACAUUCGGACAUUUUGAGGAAUGAGCAAAAAAUAUACGAGACAUCUCAGUCGUCAGAAUGCGUUUCGUCACUUGAAACAGUCGCGAUGUCUAUGCCGUCAAAUAUCGGGAACAAAAAGCUAUCACUUGAAACAGAAACGUCCGUGCAAUCGAUUGUCGGUGGCACGAUAGCAGUUGAAAGUAGCAGUUGGUUGUGGCAAUAUUAUACUGAAUUGCCGAAUUUUAGAGUGCAAUGUAAAGCUUGUACAUAUAACCAUUAUUACAUCGAUAUUUCGUUGUUUAAGAAUCAUAUAGAUACUCAGCAUAAGCCAAUUAGUCUGUUCGAAGAAACUGCAUUUAAAAAUUUGGAGUGGCAAUAUUUCCAAAUAUUAAACAAUAAUUUUGUAAAAUGUGUUAUAUGUGAUAUUAAUCUUGCGAUUCGCGAAGGUUAUAUUUUAAAUGAUCACAUAUCCAAGCAUUCCGAAGAAGAUCAGCAAAAGUGGUCAACAAUUCCCUGGCCACUGAAAUAUUUUAAGAAAAACUAUGAUUUGGUUGCAAAAUGUAAGAUUUGUGAUAAAAUCAUAAAUCUUUAUAUUUCACUUACCGCGCAUUGUCACAUAUUAAAUAAACAUUCAAAGUUUUCGACGAGAAUAUAAGCAGACAACACAACUGAGCAAUAAAGAAGCCAAAAAAUUGAAAAAAAAGCGAUUUAUCAAAUCAGAGUUGGACAAUGAAGAUUAUAGCACUCAAGUAGCAUUAUAACUAGCGGUGACAGCAGUCUUAGACAACUUGGACGAUUCAAAUAAACAGACGGUUCUGAAAUA